AUGCUUGUAGCAAGAGUUCCUAUAGGAACUAUAAGUGGGGAAACAAACGAAAAGCCUAAAGAAAACCGGUUACCCACAAGAUCCAAUGUAGCUACUUUUCAUGUUAUGAAUACUACAGUAAAAUUUUUCAAUGCUCAAGGAGAUCAAGUUGAGGUUAAUUUUGCUCCUGAUCUUACUGAAAGUUCUUCUAAAGGUUCUCGAAUACCUCUCUUUCAUGAAGAUCUCCAAAGGAUAGAAUAUCUGGCUAUAGAACUUGAAAAGUUGAAGGAGAGAAUUGGGGGCAGCAGAUGGAUUAUCUUU